UAUCUGUUAGGUUGCUUAACGCCGUGAGCUCUGUUUCCACACCGUGGACCGUACCCGUGUCCGACCGUGGUCUAGACUUUGGUGUCGGAGAUAAUCCUCGUGGUCCAUCAUGGCUCGACUCUCGUCAACAAAGAACCCCGUUCCAACUGGUCUCUAGUUCGACACGCUUGAACCAUGUUCCUGACUCCUUCGCCGCAUCAUCCGCAGUGCCUCGGGCCCCUCAAAUCCCGCCGCGGCUGCACGGCCUGCAAGACGCGGAAGAUCAAGUGCGACCAGCAGAAACCGUCGUGCCGGCGGUGCAUCGCAGCAAGAUACACUUGCGAGUACCCUAGCCAAAUGACGACCUCCUAUGCAUCAGCCCCAUCGUCAACUACCUCAUCCAUCCUUGACCUCGAUGUCGACGUCAGCCUCGGUGUUUCAGGGUCGAGUCCCCUCGGUGCAGCGGGCGUCUGGCGCGAACGCCGUGCUUUCGCCUACUACUUCCACCAUGCAGCGCCCUAUCUGGCCGGCGGACUGGACCAGUCCUUCUGGACAGUGACAGUGCCACGGAUCUGUCGUGCUGAGACUGCGGUUUGGGACGCAGUGAAUGCGAUAAGUACAUUGUUCGAGUUUCCGGAGAUGUGUCUAGACUUUGUCUUUUUGCGGCAUGAAAAGACCCAAUCUAGCCUUAAUAAUAAGCAAAUCGAGGCGUUGAGUUGGUACUCACGGUCCUUAUCCAAGAUCCAGAGCGGGAUUGAGAGGGGCAACCUCAGUGUCCAAGUUGCGCUGGUCAGCUGCGUGCUGUUCAUCUGUAUUGAGAUGGUGCAGGGACAUGUUGAAGAAGCUCUGGGGCUCUACGGGCAAGGUGUCCGGCUGAUCCAUGGUCUGCGGGCUAGAGCUAGAUAUGCACCUCAGACUGCAAGUGAUGUUGACUUUAGGGAGACUAUAAUUGUCCCGCUCUUCCUCCGUUUAGGAACUGCGGCGCUGGGGAUCUCGGGCGUUCCGGUCUGCGACCUGCUCAGCGGGCUUGACACGCAGCAGAAGUACCUAUUUAGCUCACUGGAGGACGCAAGAGACGCAAUCAUUCCGCUGGCCGCAGAGGUGCAGAUGUUCUGGAGAGACACAGGCCGCAACCCGUUUAUCCCCGGUCCUGGUGGAGAACCAGCCAUACCCUCUUCUACAGAGACCGAAGCGGCCGUCGCCCGAGCCCAACGAGACCGUCUUCAGGCACGUCUGGACGCCUGGUUCCGGGCCUAUACGGCUCUGAAGACGCUCCCGCGGUUCACCAGAGCUCACCAACCUGCCGCAAAGUCAGAAAUUAGCACUAGCAUCGGCGCGAUCCUCCUGACGUUCCACACGACCCUAUCAACAAUCCUAGCUACCAGCCUCUCGCAGACAGCCUGCGUCUACGAUAUGCAUGUCCACUCCUACCGCACAAUUAUUGAACAAGCCAGUAUCGCCCUGGAAAGCCUACGCAAGCCGGACGGGACCCAGCCCGUCUUCACUUUUGAGCUUGGUGUGGGCUUGCCACUUUUCUGGACUGCAUUGACUUGUCGCGAGCCUGCGAUAAGGCGGAAAGCAUUGAAUCUGCUGAGAAUUUCGCCACCAAUGCAGGGGUUCAGUAAAGCGCAGGUUGGACUUGCGCUUGCGGGCAGAAUUGCAGAACUUGAGGAAGCGUUUGCGAGGGAUUUGCUUUCGAGAACACCGUCGCCCGAGGGCGAGAAUGGAGGGGCGCUUUUGACUUCCCCGUACGAUAGCUUCGAGGGGAAAGAAGCAACGACAGCAGUCAAAAAGACGGAUCCUCACAUACCUGAAGAAGCACGGAUUCAGCACUAUGCCGUAUUUCGCCCGCGCGAUCAGCCGCAUAUCCUGGGGCCGCAUGAACAUGACAUACCAAGAUGGGGGAAAAGUCCAGACCAGCUAUUUCUGCGGUUUACGAGGAAUCAGUGGAACAAGGAGAGCGGCGGGUGGGUGCUGAGUGAUGAGUGUGUCCCGAUGACCCCGGACGAGGGUUACGCAACAUGA